AUGAUUAAUCACAUCCAAAUGCCACUUCUCCUCAUCAUCCAGGAAGGCUUCCCGCUUGCAGAGUUCAUCAUGGCGUGUGGCUUCUUCACAGUCUUGAUCUUGGAAAAGAUAGUUCUGAGUUGCACAGAGGGCCACAGAAAUGAGGAGACGGCUCCUCUUUUAGCUCCUGCAGGUAACGGACAUGCCCAUGGACAUCACUCGCUGAAUGAUCUGGAAGGGAGCGGUCACCACGUCCACGUGGAUUUUCACGCGCACUCGUCCUUCCGCUCCUUCAUGCUCUUCCUGUCUCUCUCUCUCCACUCGGUGUUUGAGGGUUUGGCCAUUGGCUUGCAGACCACAGACACGAAGGUGCUGGAGAUCUGCAUCGCUAUUCUGGUCCACAAGAGCAUCAUCGUCUUCAGUCUGUCAGUGAAGCUGGUUCAGAGUGCGGUCAGGCCCCUGUGGGUGGCGCUCUACGUGGCCGUCUUCGCUGUGAUGUCUCCACUCGGCAUUAGCAUCGGCAUCAUUGUGAUCGAGGCUCAGCUGGAGGCUGGCGCUUUGAUCCAGGCGGUGCUGGAGGGGCUGGCGGCUGGGACGUUUGUCUACAUCACCUUCCUAGAGAUCCUUCCCCAUGAACUGAACUCCCCUGAGCGGCCUCUGCUCAAAGUGUUCUUCCUCCUGUGUGGUUUCUCAGUAAUGGCUGCUCUGAGUUUCCUGGGCUGAAAAAUACUUUGCAUUUUUUCGUGUCCCAUGGCCAGAAAACUGGAACCUUCACAAACUGCAUGUGAUUUCAAGGAAACGAAAGGCUCAGUUUGCUUGUUUUUUUUAGAGGAACUGAUAUUUACAAGCACAAAGAUGCUGAUGUCUUUAAAAACUUUGACCAGAUAAUUUAUCAGUUUUAAAUGAGGAAAAAAAGAAAUUUUCCUCAGCACUGAGAAACAUAGUAUCUGACAUGUAAAUGGAGUCUUUUACAGAUUU